AUGGCUUCCAGCACCGACGCAGCAUUUGUCGAGGAAAUCGACGUUGAGCAGGAGCUCCGGAUGCGCGCCAAUCAAAAGAGGCCGACCAAGUCAGGGGUAAAUCCACCAACACGAGACAGCGACGACGAAGACGCACCACUUCUGAGCCCUUCGAGGCAUGACUAUGGGAGUGUUGACGAUGAAUAUGACAACAAUGAGGAGUAUGAAUGGGUGGGAGACGCAGACUUCCGAGGUCUUCCCUGGUGGAAGCGCCCUUCGAUAUACUGGCUACUCCCGCCUUUCAUGCUGUUCACUAUAGCAUUCGGAGGUAUCAUAGUGCCCAAGAUAAACCUGAUUAUGGAUCUGGUUUGCGAAGAGUACUACGCCACCCUCGAAACAGACCCAAUUUCUUCCCCCAUGGACCCAGGGCAGGAUAGAUGCCAGAAUGACGCCGUAUCAUCCCGCUCUUCGCUCUUCCUCCUCUAUGCAAGCUUAUGCUCCGGCAUACUGUCUGCUAUCAUCAGCCCCAAGAUCGGCGCGCUAUCGGACCGCUACGGGAGGAAGAAGUUCAUGAUUGCCAAUACAUGCGGUGCGCUCUUCGGCGAAGUGCUCACUAUACUGGCUGCAAAGUUCCCCGAGACGGUGCAUGUCAACUGGAUCCUUGUCGGCUACUGCCUAGAAGGCAUAUCUGGGUCUUUCAUCGUCGGCAUGGCAUGUGCACACUCGUACGCUUCUGACUGUGUCGCACCGCAGAAGCGAAAUGUGGCCUUCUCCUACUUUCACGCCUGUUUGUUCGGUGGGAUUGCUAUCGGACCUGCCCUUGCUGGUUAUAUCAUCAAUGCACGCCAAAAGUACGUUGGCAAGACUGAAGCCGUGCUUCUUAUCUUCUACAUGGCACUCGGCGCCCAUUUCAUAUUCAUUGCAUUCCUUGUCUUCCUUGUCCCUGAAUCACUGAGUAAAGCCCGUCAAGAGACUGCACGAGAGAAACACAGAGAAGAACUCGAAAGAAAAGACCCUUCGGCGGACUGGAUCAACCAACUGCGCUCAAUCAACCUAUUCAGUCCUCUCAAGAUCCUGUGGCCCACGGGUCCAGGUACUUCGUCUGCCGUGCGCCGAAACUUGAUCCUUCUGGCUGCCACCGAUACCAUAAUGUUUGGUGUUGCUAUGGGAGCCAUGAGCGUCGUCCUAGUCUACACUCGCCGCCAGUUCGACUGGCACGAACUUGAAUCCGGUCGCUUUACCACUAUCGUAAACAGUUCUCGUGUCUUCUCUCUCCUAAUAAUCCUACCUAUUCUUACACGCAUCUUCCGCGGAAAGAACGCGCGUCAACGUAAUUCAGGCUCAGAUGUGUUUGACCUCUCGAUUAUCCGCGCGUCUAUCCUGUUCGAUACGCUCGGCUAUCUCGGCUUUGUACUUUCUCGAAAGGGUGAACUGUUCGCACUGUCAGGCGCCAUCGCUGCCAUCGGCGGUAUCGGCUCACCUACCCUUGGUGCUGCGUUGACCAAACAUGUACCGCAGGAUCAGGUCGGUCAGUUACUAGGCGCCACUGGCUUGCUCCAUGCUAUUGCGCGGGUAAUGGGACCGACUGUAUUCAACGGUAUUUACAGCGCCACUGUCGGAACGUACAGACAAGCAGUAUUUGUGUGCCUUGCAGGAACUUUCGGUCUUGCAUUCCUGUGCAGCUGGUUCAUUCGACCGCAUGUGUACAUUGACACAGAUGACAAGCGUGCUGCGCUAGCAGAUGAAAGAGAAGCAUAG